AUGAAACACUGGUCGCUUCCAACUCCUGUCUUCUCGCUUCUGGGUCAGAGCAAUCUUAACCAUUCUCCAACACCAUUGAGACUUCCAAAGCAGAUUCAAUCUAUGCCUCAACAACGCCAGGACGACGAUCAUGAAAAUUCAUCCCAAAUUCGACCAAGUCAAAACCUCUCAGCAUCAUUCCCAACAAGUCCGAAUUUUCCCCGUCGAGCUGAAAAUGGCUAG